UCAAACCCCUUUGGGUAACUGCAAUUAUUCUCUAGAUUUAAUAUCUGAACCAUCCAUUGCCAACAGAAGCUUGCCAUGCAUAGUUUCUGACUGGACCAUUCUUGGGGGUCUCGUCUUCUCAGAUGUCCCUAUUAAGUGCCCUAUGUUUUUCAGAUUUGCCUUUGGUUUGCAGGCUAAUCUCAUUGAAACAAGAAAUCUCAUUAUUGAUGCAAAAUCUGGUGUGAGUGGAGCAGGUCGUGGUGCCAAGGAGGCAAAUCUGUACACUGAAAUAGCUGAAGGCAUUCAUUCUUAUGGUAUUACAAGGCAUCGCCAUGUUCCUGAGAUUGAGCAGGGACUUUCAGAUGCUGCACAUGCAAAAGUGACUGUCAGCUUCACUCCUCACCUAAUGCCAAUGAGCCGUGGUAUGCAAUCAACUAUAUAUGUGGAAAUGACCCCAGGAGUCACAAUCGAGGAUUUGUACAAACAAUUAAAGAUUGCCUAUGAGGACGAAGAAUUUGUAAUUUUGCUGGAGAAAGGAGUUGUUCCUCAUACUCGAAAUGUCCGUGGAUCCAAUUACUGUCUUCUGAAUGUCUUUCCUGAUCGAAUCCCUGGACGAGCAAUUAUAGUAUCUGUUAUUGAUAAUCUUGUGAAGGGAGCUUCUGGUCAAGCCUUGCAGAAUCUUAAUGUGAUGAUGGGAUUGCCUGAGAAUACAGGACUUCUCUACCAGCCAUUGUUUCCAUAAGAUAUUCUACCUUAAAGGGUAACUAUGGCACGGAAUCCGUAUCUUGAAGCCACUGCAGUGGUCAAAGAGCUUGCAAAUGGAAACCCAGUAUUGUAGAACAUUGUUGGGACAUGUAUUUAUAAACAGUUUUUCCUUUAGAAGCUAUUUAUGCUGUUAAACAGUUGAUCCUCGAAACAAUCUUGGGUGCCAGAUCUUCUUGUUAGGGUUGAUAAAAUAAUGGUUCAUCUUUGUUAGAAUGAUUUUUAAUUGCAAUAAGGACUCUGCCUCUCGACUUCCCAGGAA